AUGCGGCCCACCAAGGCCAUUUCUCCGGCCCGUGCGGCCUGGCCUGGCCACGCCCACCCGGCGCCGCUCCGCCAAUGGCGGAAAUCCUCUGCUCAGGCCACUCUGCCUGAAUUAAAUGACCAAGAGAUGAAGCAAUGUCCUCAAUAUAUAUAUGACCAAGGAUAUACAACUGGAUGUGUCUUUCAGGCUGAUCACAAUGCACUUCUUAAUAUUUACAUCAAAAACACUAAUGGGACAAAAGAUCUUUAUAAUGAUGAACAGAACAUCUAUAAAUAUUUGAAGCCCAACCCGCCUGAAAAUGUAACCCUCCAAUGGCUGAAUGAUGAAGUGAUUGCACAGUGCAUGACACCUAAGUAUCCAUCCGAUUUUUACUUUGAAUUUCAGUACAAAAGCAGUUUUGACAAAAAUUGGCAGGUCAGGGGAAAUGAAAGCUGUGAGAUUAAGGCUCAAGGAUUUGAUCCAGGGAAAUGCUACACUUUUCGAUUCAGACUGAAAUACGAGGAAAGGGAUUAUUUCAGUGAAUGGAGUGCAGAGACACAUUGGACAAAUGGCAGUUCUGAUUCCUGUUCUACGGAUGCAUCUGAACCCAAUUCAAAUACAGUAAUUCUUUUAACUUCAGUGCUGAGUGGUCUCCUGAUAAUAUUUGUUCUUCUGCUCUGUGUUUGCAGAUUAAGCAGAAUUAGGAACACUCUAAUACCUAUUAUUCCAGACCCUAAACAUGUAUAUUGUGAAAUGUUUACUGAUCACAACGGGGACUUCCAGGAAUGGGUUAGCAAAACUGAGAAUUUGUUGACUAAAACAAACUUGCAACGUAUCGAAGAAGAGUGUAUAAUUGAGGAGGCAAAGGAAGCAGAUUUCCAAGAAAUCAAAGCUGAAGCAUAGGUACUGUUUUUAUCAAAUAUUA